GCAAUCUCACAGGGUGGCUCCACUUUUCAUUCGAGCUCAAGUACUUUGUUGCCUCCUCUGCAGCUGCCAGACCUGCUCCUGUUGCUGCUCAGGGAGAGCAUCUGGGGAGUUCCUUUCUGACCACCAAGAAGAUGAUGAGCUCAAGUUAUUGGAGCGAGACCAGCAGCAGCAGCUGUGGGACCCAGCAGCCCCUAGAGGUGCUGCAGUGCCAGCCCCAGCAUUACCACUGCUACCAUCAGUCAAGCCAAGCCCAGCAGCCUCCAGAAAAAAAUGUAGUGUAUGAGCGAGUGAGGACCUACAGCGGGCCCAUGAACAGAGUGGUGCAGGCCUUGGACCCCAUCAGCCCACGGGAAGUGCUCUCCCCUCUCAAAACUUCCUCUUCCUACCAAAACUUGGUUUGGAGCGACCAUUCUCAGGAACUCCACUCUCCAACUCUGAAAAUAUCUUCUUGUGCCCCAAGUACUCUACAUAUAACGCAAAAUACUGAACAGGAACUUCAUUCUCCAGCACUGAAAGUCACAACAUAUCCACAGACAACUAUUAGGAGAUAUAUAGUACAGAAUCCUGAACAGGAACCACUGUCUCCAUUCUUAAGAGGAGGCCAUUUCUUCCCAGGAAACAAUGUUAUUUAUGAAAAAACAAUAAGAAAAGUGGAGAAGCUAAAUACAGAUCAGGAAUGCUAUCCUCAGGUUCAAUGCCAUCAUCAUAUUGUCCAACAGCCUCAGAUCAUCCACUCUUCACACUGUCAACAAUCCCAUUCUAACCAACAAAUACAUAGCAUCACAGGAAGUGAUUCAACUUCUACAAGCAUUGGAAAUGAACUGUGCCAUGGUGGAUCAAACCAGAUACAUGAGCAGGUGAUAAUUCAGGAUGAUGGCCCUGAAAAACUGGAUCCCAAAUAUUUUGGAGAGUUGCUUGCUGACCUAAGCCGUAAGAAUACAGAUCUGUAUCAUUGCUUAUUAGAACAUUUGCAGAGAAUUGGAGGAAGCAAACAGGACUUCGAGUCUACAGAUAAAUCAGAAGACAUUGAAUCAUUGAUUCCUAAAGGAUUGUCAGAGUUUACAAAACAGCAAAUUCGCUAUAUUCUACAGAUGAGGGGUAUGUCUGAUAAGUCACUCAGGCUAGUGCUGUCCACAUUCAGCAAUAUACGUGAGGAGCUUGGACAUCUUCAAAAUGACUUGACCUCACUGGAAAAUGACAAGAUAAGACUUGAGAAGGAUGUGGCAUUCAAAGAAACUCAAAUAAAAGAGUAUGAAGAACUCUUGGCAUCAGUGAGAGCAAAUAAUCGUCAGCAGCAACAGGGACUUCAAGACUCAAGCUCAAAAUGUCAGGCAUUGGAAGAAAAUAAUCUUUCUCUUCGACAUACAUUAUCAGACAUGGAAUACAGAGUAAAAGAACUGGAAUAUUGUAAACGUAAUUUGGAGCAAGAGAAUAAAAACCUUAGAAUGCAGGUUUCUGAGACUUGCACAGGCCCGAUGCUGCAGGCUAAAAUGGAUGAGAUUGGCAACCAUUACAUGGAGAUGGUUAAAAACUUGCGAGUAGAGAAAGACAGAGAGAUCUGCAAGCUAAGGUCCCAGUUAAACCAGUACCAAAAAGAUGUUUCAAGAAGAGAAGGAAGUUGUAGUGACUUCCAAUUCAAGCUUCAUGAACUCACCAGCUUGCUGGAAGAGAAGGAUUCCCUUAUAAAACGUCAGUCAGAGGAACUAUCAAAGUUGAGACAAGAAAUAUAUUCAUCACAUACUCAACCCUCCAGUUCUGGAAGGACUACCAUUACUACUAAAAAGUACAGGACACAAUAUCCAAUCCUAGGCCUCCUGUAUGAUGACUAUGAAUACAUACCACCAGGUAGUGACACACAGACUAUUGUGAUUGAGAAAACAGAAGACAGAUGGACUUGUCCAUGAAUGGAAACAACUUUAAAGUAUUACAUCUCAAAGGAAGUUUUCUGUGUCUAUAUUAGUAUUUUAAUUUCUUUUUCCUUCACUAAAGGCCAAUCAAAAUUUUGAACCAUGCUACUAACCAAUGAAUCUAAUGGAAUGACUUAAUUCUACAGAUGAGUUUCUCCAGCCAUUUAUGAAAUAUCAGUCCUUUCUAUUUGUAGCUGCAAUGUAGCAGCAUACAAACUAAAAGAGGGAACUUGUUUAUUUGAACUUCCAUUGCAGUCACUGUAGAACAUAACCAGCUAUUUUUUAAAAAUAUGGUACAUCUUAGGUGGUUAACUAAUUUGUGGAGUUAGAGAUUUUAUAAGUUAUUCCAUUAGAAUAUUUUCUCCAAUAUUUAUUAUACAAUUUUGUUAAAAGACUUAACAUUGUUUUUAACAAGAGGCAAAAAAAUUGAAUCCUUAAAAUAAAAGACUAUAGGGCAUGAUACAUAUAAUGUACAUUGGGUUUUCUCACUUGAAGCCUAUGACUAAAAGAGAUGCUUUAUUACAUACUAUUACACCUCUUGGAAACAUAACUAAGCCAAAGUUGAUAGUUAAUUUCAUUUAGCAGGGAAGUGGGAUGAUAUCUUUUUAAAGAAGUAAAUCCAUUUAAUUGUACGAUAUGCUACAUAGUUCCUAAUAAUAUCCUUUUGUGUCUUGAAAAUUUUCUUUCAAAGCAUUUCCUUCCCAAAUGAGGCCACUCACUUCCUUAAAAUAUGUAAUACUCUAUUGUAUUAGUGUUCAAAAAGAAGUUGUAGUUUUUCAUAGUGGUAUACAAAUAUUAUAUUGAAGUAAUGCAUAUAUACAAAAGCAUAUAGAAUAAAAUAGCAACAAAUAUUUGAUGGUGAAUACUUCUUGGGAAAAAAAUUUAUAGUAAUGUACUUUAAGUUUGUUUAAUUAAUUGUACUCUUGAUGACCUUCCUUACAAAAUGAACAAAAGAAUUUUAAAUACAUUACAAGGUAAGAAUGGAAUGUCUUAAUUUCAACUUGUUUGGCUAAAGAUAAGAGUUACUAAAAGUCAUUGUGUUUGUAAUAAGGCAACAAAUAAUUUGAGUUACAUGUAAAUGAACUUUUGCACUGAACUCUCUGAAAAUAUCUAUAUAAAAUCAUGUGAUUUAUAGUAGUAUUCUAAUAAUUACUAAGAAACUGUUACGAUAAGUACAGAUGAUGCACUAUAUGCUAAUGGAAACUAUAAAUGAGAAAAAUGUUUUCAAAAUUCUUUUAUAGAAAUAUACAAAUAGGUCUUAUUAUGCAGGUAAAAAGACUCAUUUAUAUUAUGUAAUGCUUUGGGCAAAAUGUUAGGCUCCAUUGAAUUGAUUCAAUUCCUAUUUUAUCAAUAUUUUGUGAUAGAUAACCGUAGUCUUACAUUUUUUGCUUGGUGUAGUAGAAACAGAGGAGUUUCUCGUCUGCUAACUGCUCAUAUAUGUAACCAUAAUAAAGAUAUAUAGUUAUGCACCCACUAUAAGUGAUAUAAGGCGAAGAAACUUUAUAAGCCUGAUAGAAAACUGCCACCAUUACUGUUUGAAAAUGAGUACAGGUGUGAUUUUUCUAAAAUACUGAAAACUAACAAUAUUCAAAAUUUGAAAGCAAUUAAGAAGUCAGCGGUUUCUUGGCCCACUUGACCCAUGGAUAGUGAAUAUGGAUCAUAUUAAGGUCCUUAUUAUACUCAAUUAUUUUUAAAAAACUCUAAGGAAAAAUUAAUACUAUGGAGAGUCCUUCUAUAUAUUUAAAUAUAUGUAUGUAUAUUCAAAUAUAUAAAUAUAUGCACAUAUAUUAAAUAUCUUUCAUUUGUGAUUAUUAUCAAUGGAAAGAGUAGUUAUAUCUUUUCUUCUCACUGGUUUUAAGCAAAUUAUUUAUGAAAAUUACAAAGAUGUCAGGUGAGGAAUGUUUGUUUACCUAAUAUCUAUAUCAGAAUGUUUUCACUUUAGAUUUAUCAAAUAAAAUGGAACCUGUACAAUAACAUAUAAAGUAAUUUGUUUGUAUCUAAAAUGUGUUAAGUAUUUGUGAAAGUUCAAGUAAGAAAUGUGUAGGAAGGCUUUUUAACUUAGCUGUAUAUUUUUGUCAGGAAGUUAUUCUCAUGUGAAUACUUAUGUGGGAACUAAUAAGCACCAUUCUAAUUAACACACACACACACACACACACACACAUAUACACACACCCACCCCAAAAGGACUUCCUAAUGUGAACUAGUAAUGAUGGAACUUCAACAUAAUUUGACCUCCAGUUGAUGAAGAUUUCUGUUUCAUAUUUGAAUUUCUUCCAUAUAAAUAGCGUUUUCUAAGUACUUGUUUCAAAUAUAAUUCCAUAAUGCAUUCAUCCCAUCUUUAUAAUGAGGUUUUAAUCGUAUUACAUUUCUUAAUAUGGACAGUACCAAAUGAACAAAAUAAAUCUUUUGAAAAAAUUGUAUCUCACUACACAAUUUAGAUCCUUACCUAAGCCAUCCUCACACCUCUUUCUCAUUAUUGCAAUCUACAAAGAUAAAUGUUUCUUUUCAAAGUAAAUGAUGUUUUGAAAAUAUUUCCUCAAAUAGUACAACCUUCCCAUCACAUGUAAUUACUAAAUUUAUUGGAUUUCCAUUGUACAUUUUUUGUAAUCAAAAAUGCAAAGUAUUUAAUGUUCAUCUGAAGAUAAAGAGUAACAGGAAAACUAAAAAUAAAUAAUGUAUUAAACACAUCUUCCUUAAUAAAAAUAUUUAGCAAUAUUUACUCUAGAAUAAGAGAUACCACUUUUAGUCCACAAAGAAAAACUAGAAUUACUCUGACAUAAUUAUGAUAGCCAACAUCAUUAUAUGAUAGAUUUAGUAAUCUACUUGUAUCUAUCCCUUGUAGACAAUGAGAUGUUGUUGGCUUCUCAUCCCACCACAUUAAAAUAGUACUUUUUUAUUGAAGUAUAUCUUCCUGAGAUACUUUAUGUUAAGGGGAAAUUUUACUUUGAUCCUAUAGCUAGUUUGCUAAUACAAUCAAUGUUGAAUGCUCCUAGUUUAUAUGUGCCAAGAUUCAACAAAGCACACCAAUUUCUUAAAAUGGGAAAAUAUAUAGGCUUUAAAAAUUUUUUUUAGUUGUAAAUAGACACAAUAUUUUUAUUUUAUUGAUUUAUUUUAUGUGGUUCUGUGGAUCAGUGUCUGGCACAUGCUAGGAAAGCAAUUUACCACUAAGCCACAAACCCAACCCAUACAUAGGCUUUUUAAUAUCAUGUUCUAAAAGUUUCUGAUGAGCUAGUCAAUAUUAAGAGUGGGGGGUUUGGGGGCUGGGGAUGUGGCUCAAGCGGUAGCGCGCUCGCCUGGCAUGCGUGCGGCCCGGGUUCGAUCCUCAGCACCACAUACAAACAAAGAUGUCGUGUCCGCCAAAUACUAAAAAAUAAAUAUUAAAAUUCUCUCUCUCUCUCUCUUUAAAAAAAAUAUUUAAAAAAAAAGAGUGGGGGGUUUGGGAAUCUAGAAUGACAGGGUUUGGGAAUUAAACAGGAAAUGAUUAAGACUUAUAUUAGGGUUUAAGUGGGAUAGUGUCCAUAUUGUCAAUUGGUUCAGUUUUAAAAGUGGAGAGCUCUCUUUGCAAUAGUUACUUGGGUAAUGGUUCAAAGAGAAAGGCAUAAUAAUUGUUUCACCUGUUACGCAGGUGAAACACUUUUAGUUGGAGAUACUGUACUAUCUAGUCUUGAACCUACUGCUCAUAACAUCCAGAUCUUAUCUAGGAUCCAAGGUUUUAAGAUACCCUUCUCAGUGAGUUCCAAAUUCACAUGCUGCCUCUUUUUGAAGGGUAAGGUGGGGUUAUACAAAGUUGGGAAAUUGGGAAAACUCUGAUGAUAGUCUAUGGUUUAAAUCUAAUCCUUCAUUUUUUGUAAAUGAAACCUUACUGAUUUUAAAGAACUUGAUUCUAAGUCUAGCUAGCUUUUUUUUUUUUUUUUGGUUCUCACAAGAGGUUCUCAAAGAUCUGAACAAGAGGAUUCUUUUGUUCCUCUGCCUGCUAUAUAUCAACAAAUUAUUUAAAAGAUAUUUAAUAUUUGCUCCAAAUUAAACCAAAUGGAGAAGGCAUCAAAUCAACCAAUUGGUAAGUGGAAGAAGGAGGAAAAUAUAAAUCAAAAACGAUUUGUCAGGAAAUUAUAUAAUUAUUGAACUGGGAGAGGGCUACAUAGAGGCUAAUUAUAUUCUUCUACGUUUGCAUAUUUGUGUCUUUAAGGGCAGUUCCAGGUUCCAACUGGUAAUUGUCUUGUAUAAAACACAAGAAACUGAUUAUAAAGGGCUUUCUUAAAUAAUUAUUCCUAACUACCCUCUCUGUCAUGCCCUGGGCCUUUUAGAUGUGACAAUGGGAUAAACCCAUCGAUAUAUAAUGCCAUGAACUCUUCUGGAAAAAUGAUUUUUCAGUAAUUUUCAUCUUUUCUUUCUUGUGAAGGUACUUCAAUUUGCAGAUCUACAUUUUUAGAUGGAAUCUGCGUGGUACAUAGGAAAACCUUUUGCCAGUAAAAACCUAUACAUUUAAUAUAAUCUUUAAUUUGUGACACUGACUUAAUUCAUAUGUUUUAUUUUUCUUGGGCUGAAGCUUUCUAGGUCUGAUUUAUAAAUAAAAUUAAAUCCAAUCCACCUUUCUCCAGCUCCACUGUAACCAUGAACUAUGGGAAUAAUUUAGCAUGGCUCUUUGCUCCCUUCAGAAACACUAUAUUUUCACACAGCCUACAGAGUGAUUAUUCAAAAUGUAAAUCAAAUCUAUUACACAUCCUCCUUGAAACCUCCAAAAGGCUUCCUACUUCAACCUCCUCACAAGUCCCUUCUCCUAUCAUUUCCUCUUACUCAUCAUUAUUUAACCAAAUUUGCUGACACAUGAUUUGCAUUUUUUUUUUGUUAUCUCUGCCUUGCUCUUCAAUAAGAUCUUCAUGUGACAGCUUACCUCUUGCUACUCAAAUGACAUGUACUCAGUAAGGAAUGCCUCUGUCCACUCACCCAUAGUAAUCAAUUAUAUUGGAUGCUUUUCUUAUACCUUAUUUUUCAUUUGGUGGCAACGUAAAGGAGCUUUCUAGAAUUUCACAAUUGUAGGCCCCACAAUUAAAUUACAAUAUGAAUUUUAAUAAGCUACCUAGGUGAAUCAAUAGACAUAAAAUUGAGAAAACUGGUGUAACAUGUAAAAGUAAUUGAUUUCUUCCUUUCAGUUAAUGGUUAUUAAAGAAUGAUAAUCCAAUUGACAGUUACAACUAAGAGUGAUAUAUCUAGAAUUAUUAGCAUUCUAUUAACUUUGGCCUAGUUAGAACACAGCAAGUAAUUUUGUACUCAUUUUCAGAAAUUAUUCCUAAAUACUUGAAUCAAUACUUUCCUUUUCCCAUGUACAUUAGGAAUAUAAAUAGAUAUAUUCUUAUCUCAGAACUAUGUCAUGUAAACAGGUUAAGAAUCUUUAGAUUUUACUAAAUCUCAAGACUCUAAAAUGGGUAACUAUAUAGCACUUCAUUAUGAUUUUAACAAAUAACAUACAUUCUUCAGGAAUAAACCUGCCACCAGAAUUGUUUAAAUUCCUAGCUCAAACUAUUAUUAAUUCACAAAACUCAAUAAGAUGAUUAAAAGGUCCAAAUUGCCUAAGAUAAAUGUUAAGCUAAAAGGCUUUUAAUAAGGAAUGAACAUUACAACUCAAUUUUAAAUAAGCUCAUAAAACCUAAAAGUGCAAUAAAUGCUUUUUAUUAUUGUAUGCUCAUUUCAAUGAGUAACAUUUAGAAAUAAUAAUCCCACAUAACAAUGACAAUCUUAUUUUACAGCGUGUACAUCAUUUACAGCCACAUAACACACAAUUUUAGAUUUUCCAAAUUUAAUAUUCUGAAGUUAAGAAAGAUUAACAAAAAUAUUCUCAAGUAACUGAUUCUUAUCUGGUGCAAAAAAAAAAGAAAA